CCGUCAGAUCCUCGUCCCCGCCUCGACACCACCGUCCGACUGCGUGAACAUCGCAAGGCACCCUCGAAAUAUAGCCUCUCCUCGGCGCCGCGGCGCCUGUAUCCUGCCUGGCCCAUGUCCUCCGCUCUCGGCCACCUCAGGUCUCAGAGGUCUCUGCUCCUUCGCGCUGCACCCCGCAGGCGAUCACCACCUGCCAGAGGCACGCAUAGCGAUGCUUCAAACAAGAUUAGGGAACCUCGCCCGUGGGCAGUUGAAAACGUUCCUCCAGUGGACCCCCGCCCCACCUGGGUUUUCCCGCUGAGUCGCAUUGCGAACUACGUAGUGAUACCAGGUAUGCCUAUCUCCGAAUCGUUCCGGGCGCACUUGCGAGAACACGUCUUCAUGCCCCAGAAGGCCGCUUUCUUCGACUUAUCCGAAGCGGAGCGUGAGAUCGCUGGGGUGACGAAAGAUGUGAGCAACAGUUCCAUGGAGGAAGCGGAGUCCCGGCGAGAUCGGUAGACACGAAUGUCGUACGGAGAAACCAUUGGAUGUGAGUCUUCUCAUGCGUGUUGUGAUAUAUGGCCAACCUGUCCAAGCUAUGCAAAGACACUCGUCAGAGUUCCGAGUUCAUCAACAUCGCCUCCACUUGACAGCCGCGGAUCCAAUGCUUGAAUGUCGCCAAUGCAAUGC